GCGAUCAGUUUGCCACCUAGCGGUAAAUCCACGAUGAAGGAAGACUCUAGGAACAAGUAAGGUGUUGAUCAGGCACUGUUGGUGCAGUGCUGAAGUAGUUACAUAUACCCAUCACAUACUGUCCAGCUGAGGCAUGGGUGUUAAAGGACUGUGGCCAGUCCUGGAGGAUGUCAAGCAGGUGGUCACUCUGAGGUCACUGAGAGGUCAAACUGUGGCCAUUGAUCUCAGUGGGUGGAUUGUCCAAUCCCAUGGGUUGAAAGACUACAAGGGCACACAUCAACAUUUACGGAACCUGUUUUUUAAGGUGAAGCGGUUUCUUAUAGAUGGGAUCAAUGCUGUGUUUGUAUUGGAUGGCUCAGAACCUGCCAGGCUGAAAUAUGAAACUGUCCGGAACAGACGGUCAGUGCAGAGUGGACACGUUGCUGAUACUGACCAGUGUGACCAGCAGAAGGGAUAUCUUGGCGCCAGCUCUCACUGCGGGGAGGAAAGAGAAGGAAUGGAUGAGAGAAUUGUUAGAAGUAAACGAUUUGAACAGAUAGUAGAGCAGUGUCGUGAAUUGCUGCAGUAUUUUGGGUUCCCCUGUAUUCAGAGUCAUCAUGAAGGUGAGGCACUGUGUGGUCUACUGAAUGAAAAGCAAAUGGUGGAUGCCGUGAUGACAGAUGACAUGGAUGCUUUCCUGUAUGGUGCUCAGAGAGUCUACAGGAAUCUGAUGAUAAACAACCACAGUUCACAUCAGUCCCGUGUAGACAGCUAUGAUAUGUCUGAUAUUGAAGAAAAACUUUCUCUGGGUAGAGGACAGCUUGUCUGCUUGGCUGCCAUGAUGGGUUGCGACUACGAUGCCAAGGGGAUCCAAAAAGUGGGAAAAAUAAAGGCACUUCCACUGGUGCAAAGAUUUGGCAAGGAAGAUGCAAUUAAAAGGUUUCUUAGUCUUGAGGAUGAUGUUGAUUUACUGAGAGGAGAGAAGAUAAAGCAAGAUUUAAGUGGAAUGAAAAAGGACAGCCACUGUUCUCAGUGCAGGCACCUAGGUAAUUAUGUUAGCCACAAAAAGAAUGGCUGUGAACAAUGCAAGACCAAAGUUUCCUGUGAUACUGAAGGAGAGAUGUGUAAUUGUGACUGGCACAACAAGAAUUCUCAACUAGCGCAAUAUAGUGAAGCUGAGCUGAAGUUGAGGGCAUUAGCCAUGGAAACACCUGGGUAUCCUGACAGACACAGGAAGGUGAUAAAUGAGUAUAUGAACUCUGGGGAAGUAUGUCCAGCUGAGAACUUUCAGUGGUCAAAGCCACAGAUUGACAGAAUACAGAACUUCAUGAAGAAAUAUCUGAAGUGGAAUUAUUCUAAGACUUCCAGUCAUGUGAUCCCUUGCCUCACAUCCUGGGAGUUGAAACAAAGGAAAACAGAGAGCAGUGAAACAACCCCACUUAUUAUACCAGAUAGCAUAAUUUCUACUAAGAAAAAAGACCAUCAAGAUUGCUAUGAGGUCAGGUGGCACAUGUUGGCUGUGGAUUUGGCCUGUCUUGAAGAACCAUAUUAUGUGACACUGGAGUGCAAGGAAGCAUUUCAUUUGAGAUUCCCAGAGAUGGCAGAGAAAUUUGAUGAGAAGACAAACUUAGAGAAAAUCAAAAAGAUGGAGGAAAAAAGAAGUGUAAAAAAGAGAAAACUGGACACCAAAUCGAGCUUGAAACAACUAAAAAUUCCGUUUCCUCAGAACAAAUUACUAAACAGUGGGACCAGGAAGUUAGCAUCAAAAACUGGCACUGAUGGUGUUGGGUCACAACCCCAACUGUCCAUUGAAUCAAAUUCCAGCAAUCAAGAACAUGCUGUGAUUUCAACAUCAAUAAAGCGUAGCAUUCCCUCAAGGAAAAUGGACCAAAGAAAAACAAAGAAGGUGGCAAACAGAAACAGUAGAAGGACUGCCAAAAACAGGGAAAAGAUGCCAUCGAUUUCCAGCUUUUUCACUGGCUGCCCCAAGAAAAAACAGAAAUUGUCACUAGAUGAAGAGGUCAAUUUACAGGAUGGGACUUUCUCUGGGUCGCCAUUACUAGGGAGUGACAGUGACAUCUCCAGCCCAACUGAUCCAAGUUUCCAGCAGCAGCUCUGAAUGUAGUCAAGACAACAGGGGUGUGUCAUAUACAGCAAGCACAGCUUUAAAUGCCAGUUGUGUUUCAGCAGAAGAAAACAUGGAUUACUUUCCAUCCAGCAUGUCAGACCUUGACAUUACUGCUGAGUCAUUCAUUACAGGAAGUGACCAAUGCAACUUACAAAGCACAAGUUGAGAUAUCUCAUUGGAAUAAGCUUCGUACUUUAAAUCUCAAAAUCCCAGACUUGUAUGUCAAAAAGAAGUUUUCUCUUCUUUUUCCCCAGGUUUUGGUCAUAAAUGAUCUGUCGUAAGUAGAAAGAUGUCCAGAUCAUGAUGAUUUUAACAUCAGCUUGGAAGAUGUAUAUUAAUCCAGUGGUUGACUCAAGUCCAAGUGCAUUUUUAUGCAUGUUGCUAUCUCAUUAUAUAUUUAUAUGAGAAGUGUUGAAUUUUAUUGUUUAUCUGGCAAUGCUGGAUUUUUCUUUUGUUAGAAGUUAGGUUUUUAGUAGAUUUAUUGACUCCUUCUGAUUAAAAUAGACUAUUAAUCAGAAGUAGAAGUUUGUGAAACCUUUAAAUUGGUUGAAACAGCUUUAUUUUAAAAAUCACUUGUUGUUUGUGUUUUUAGUAGCUUGUUACAGUACUUCUCUGAUGAAUUACUGUGCUUUUAAAUUAUUUUUUGUUUUAUUGAAGCAUGGAUGGAUAAUUGGCGAAAUAUCAGAUGCCAGUUGAGGUGCUAUGAAUAUUUAAUCUUAUUGUAUAAUCUGCAUGUUAACAUAACCAGAAAACUGUGACCAGAAGUUAGUUUUUUAUCAAUUUACGCAACCUUGUACUUUUAAUUAUCAAUGUACAAAAUGUACAGAAAGCUAUAAUAUAUACAUAAACACGUCUGUAAACUUAAUUAUUUGAGAAAAUGUGGUGCUGAUUGAAUAUAUUUUAAUAUGUUGAAAACGCAAGUGUCAGAAAUUUUCUGAGAAGGCCCAGUUUCACACAUCAGUAAACAAAAUAUUGGAUCAAAGUUUGGGCUAUUAGUAACAGUUUACAUCAACUUUAUUUAUUCCUAUUCAUGACCAGGUUUAAUGAUUUUUAGACUCCAAAAAUUAAAUGAACUUAUACAUUCUUUGUAUGAAGCAAUUUACACUGUAUUUAAAUGUAAGAUGAUGAUUUUAGCAGCUUAGGCUGUAAGUGAUUUUCAGCUUGUUGUUUUUUAAAUGCACAACUUCUUAUUUUCCUUUUAAAAUAUGGGCAGAUAGUUCUUUGAAAUUAUUUUCUUUUCAUGAACUUUUAGAAUCACUACAAUAAUUUGAUUUGAAUAGAAUUAUCUCUGUAUGGUGAAACUUGGGUAAUUAUUGCCAUUAAUGCAUGGCAAGAGUCGACAAGUUCUUUUGUUGUAAUCAAAGAAACAUUUUUUUGGAUUAUAAUUUUAUCCUGUAUAAUUUUUCCUAUCUGCAUGUUUUCAGUGAGAUAAGUCAUCAUGUUUAGUGCCAUAAAUUAUAUAUUAUAACAAAGAAAAAAUGUCAUCAUGUUUAG